ACAUCACUGACACGUGCACAAGGGGACUAUGGCGCCCUGAAGGCAACACUACUGGGGGCGGGGGGACCCUUGAUGAGCCUUUAUGUCCCACAGUCCGUGAAGGCGGCAGCAGCGCGCGGUCAAGACGCGGAACAUGGCGGAGUCGGUUUCUGAUGGCGACUCGCAGGCCGCGAAGCCUGCGUCCAAACGCAGACGCAUCCUCGACCCGUCAGCUGUCGUCCCGGUGCCUGUCUACUCCAACAAGGUGAGCAGCAGUCUGCAGCUGAAGCCAAUGGCGCCCGUGUUCACGGAGCAGAAAGACGACAAAGAUGACGGAGCAGACGACAGUUUGUGGUCAGAGUUUUCAUCUCGAGGAACGAAGGCGGCCGCUGCCAUCGUCCUCAGUGACUUUGAUGAGGAGGAGGAGGAGGAGGAGGAAGAAGAACGUGUGGAGAAGAAAACAGAACACAAACUAGCAGAGUUUCGUUGCUUGUCUCCGUCUCCUCCCAAGAGUCCGGUCCUGAAACCGUCCAGACAGGUCAACAAGAUGAUCAGUGAGAUUGACCGGAGGCUCCAGGCGGUGAACUCCCUCCUGUCUCCGGAGCCUCAGAACCGGACCAGGACCAGUACCAGGACCAGGUCCAGGCGACGCCCAGACUCCCCGUCUCCGACGUCAGAGGGGGAGCAGGAAGACGACGUCAUCAUUAUGACCCCUGACUCGUGGAGUUCUCCGUACAGCUCGUCUCUCCGAGAGAUCCCGCUCAAGAUCCGCUGUCGAACCGACGUCCACAAGCUCCUGGUGCUGACGUCGACUCCUUUAAGCGACGUGUUGGCCCAGCUGUCCGCCAUCCUCAAUGUCCCGCCCUCUCGCCUCCUGCUGCUGAGGCAGGAAGUGGAGCUGCCAACGGAAGCCACAGUCGGCGAGCUCGGCCUGGGCAUCGCUGACAUCAUAGAGUGUUCCGUCAUGGCAGCCGAGGAUAAAGGCAAAGACGCAGUCAUUGGUGUUGGCAGUGGAGGCGAUGAGGUCAUCACUGUCCGACUGCAGAGCAAAGACCGAGACUCUUCGCAGGAGUUUUCUCUGCACAGAGACGCGCCGCUGGGCUCCGUCUUCUCCCAGUACCUGUCCUGGUUGUCCCCCGACGGUCAGACGACGGUCCGCUUCCACUUCGACGGCGCCAAAGUGACGCACAGUCAGACGCCGGCCCAGCUGGACAUGGAGGACGGAGACAUCGUGGAAGUUUGGCUCUAAAGCCUCAGGUUCCUUCUGUCGGAUGUAAAACAAAUAUCCAACUUUGGAAACAUUUGUUUAACGUCUACAUCUGCUAACAUGGAGGGGGCGGGGCUUAUAACCCGUACCGCAGCCAGACACCAGGGGGCGAUGUCAUCUUUAUUUGGUCUGUGAGGUUGUUGUUUUAUUUACUCUCAGAAUAAUCCAGUGAAGCCAACAUGAAGAAAUAAACUUUUUAUUAAUACUCUGA